UUCAUUAUCUUAUCUCUUUUAGCCUAAGGAAUUUGAGUAUACAAAUAAAGUUUCAUCACCAAACUGCCAUGAAAAUCCAUCCCAAUUGUCCAACUCCAAUGCUCAUUCUCUUUCUCUUUUUCCAGCUUCUUGCUAUAACCAUAUCAUGUCAAAACAUUGCAUCAUAUAACUCUUCUCAGCUGAUAUCAGAAGGCAAUGGAGAAUAUGACUUCUUUUACCUUGUUCAACAGUGGCAGGUUUCUUUAUGCAAUUUGAGGCCUUGUCAAAAACCAGCAAUACCCACUUUCAGUAUUAAUGGUUUCCGGCCUUCUUCUCAUGGGAUUUCCAGUUGCAAAAUUGGAACAAGUUUUGAUUCUUCAAAGAUGUUGGACCUGAAAAAUGAGUUAGAUAGAGAAUGGCCAUCACUUGAGGUGGAAGAGAAUGAAGAAAUGUGGAAGAAAGAGUGGGAAAGCCAUGGAAUUUGUUCACAGCCAUUGCUAACUCAACAUUCAUUCUUUGAAACUGCACUCAAGCUUAAGCAAAAUUUUGAUCUCUUCACUAUCUUAGCAAACAGAGGAAUCUUUCCAUUUGGAGAGGUCUAUGACUUAGAAAACAUAAGUAAUGCCAUUAGAGAUGCAACAGGACAUACUCCACAAGUGGAAUGCCAAUCAUACAAAAACAUUCCUUUGCUUUCCAACAUCUUCCUUUGCUUCCAAUACAAUCGUAAUGCCAUUCAUAUUGUGGACUGUCCCCUUAUAAGAAGAUGCAAUUUCCAAGCUAUCCUUUUCCCUUAUUCUCAAUUUGGUCCAUCUUAGAAUCUGAAAAUUCACUUUGUAAUGGCACUAGAAACAAUCCCAUCUAUUUUUGCUUCUCCUGUCAACUCUUUUUUGGUGUUUUAUUUAAGGCUGAAUUUACACUGCUCCACCUCUGUUUUGAUCUUUUAUGUUAAAAGACAAGUAACUUAUCAAAGAUUGUCAUUUACUUAGUGACAAACUCGUU